GCCUCUUUCGUCCGCGGUAGCGAAGUCGGCUUCGCCUUCGUUUCUGCGAACCUGCGAUAGAACCAUUAUUACGCUCUCUCUCUCUAGAAGCAGCCUCGCUCGUAGCCGCUGCUACUCAUUAAUCUCUUUCUGUCUCUCUCCAAUCCGAUUGAAUCCAUCGGACUCGGUUCGUUGGUAAGCCCUUCGAAUCUCAAUAAUUGUCGGGAGGGAGUAUAUCAUAUUAAUUUCUAGGGUUUUCUAUCGUCAGCUAUUGUUCGAUUUCGGGCUUUUAUUUCUAGUUUAUUAACAAAGAUUGAAGAAAAAAAUAAUUGUUGGCCCUACGCGAUUUACUUUCGGCCUUGAACUUGUUUCUCGUAUCAAGAUCUGUACUUUGAUUGUCUCGCUUUAUAGAUUGAAAUCUUGUGGGGUAGAAUUAGGGGAAAUUGGGGAAGGAGGUCUUCUGUUUGUUUUGAUGAAAUUUGCUGAAAUUAGGCUUAGGGUUUUCUCUUAAACCCCGGUUUAGGCGAGUUUAGCAGGUGAAUUGAAUUUUUUGGCUGUAUCAGAGGGAUAAACUCGGUUAUAGAUUUAUGGCGGCUGGAAGACAUGGGGGUUAUAGGGACAAUGAGUUCAGGGAUCGUGAGUCUGACUUUGAGGUAGCCAGGAGGGAAAUUGGCUAUUCAAAAGGUGAUUAUGAUCGGAUGAGGAAUGGUGUGGGGGACUAUGAUAGGGGGAAUAGGGCUCAAAAUCAUGAUGGUCGAGAUAGGGGUAGAGUUAGGCAGAAGGAUAUUAAGGAGAGGGAGUUCACUAAUGGUGGGUAUCGGUCUGCCUCAAGUAGGAGUGACUCGGGCAGUAGUGGUGGUGGUAGUGCUGGUCUGGGGCCAAAGAGGUAUGGUUUUUGCAUGAGGCCCGUGGACAGAGAACCUGGGGAAUUGUCCAGUGAAAGUGGGUCUGAUGGGGCUAUUGAUUCUGAAGCGCAUAAGAAGGAUGGUGGUGAGCUUAAGAAGUCAGAAAAUGGAAAGAGAAAAUUUUCACCCAUCAUUUGGGAUAGAGAUGGAGAUGGCAAAAAAGUGACUAGAAUUGUUAAGGCGAGGACUUCCCCAGCAGCAGCUGCUCUUCCCCCUCAGCUACCCACGCCUACUUCUGGCACCAUGUCACCUGAUCGCAACCCUGAUAGUCGUCAACAUAUUUCACCUAGUAAAGAUAUAGUGGUUCAGAAUUCUGGGCUGUCACCGAAAAAGGUUACUGAGGACCUCACUUCUCAAAUAAAUGUUGCUUCUGACUCUCCAAUUGGUUUAUCUCCUUCAGCUCCUGAGGCAGAGGAAGAGGAAGCUCACUGGGGUAAAAAUGAGGGAGCAGUGACAGUGGAUGAUGAUUACUAUAUGCCAGCACGUAAUAUAAAAUCCUCUCGCUGGGCAAAUGAGGCUGAAUCAUCAGCUGAUGAAGGUGAAAUUUCUGAUGAUGAGGAGAUGGUUAAAUUGAAGAAGAAGAAGAAAUCUGUUAAUGAAUCUACUGACACAAGGGGACAGAGGAAAUCGGUAACUCCAGAGCUCGGGGAACUGAGGAGAGAAGGUUCAGUGGGAAAUAGGGUCAGGUCUUCUGAUGAACGCGUUAGAUCCUUUAGUGGAGAUAGUGAUCCUGAUGAAUUGGACAGGAAUGAGUACAUGGAGGUUGAUGAAGAUCGCACUUAUGGUGGAACCAGUGGUAGCAAUGCGGAUACUGGUUCUGAUGAUGAACACAACUCCCACGGGACACCAGAACAUGCAGUUCCUCCACCAAGGGCCGUGAACAUGCUUCAGGGUUGUAGAAGUGUUGAUGAGUUUGAGAGGCUGAACAAAAUAGAUGAAGGCACAUAUGGUGUAGUUUAUAGAGCUAGGGAUAAGAGAACAGGAGAAAUAGUUGCUCUGAAGAAGGUCAAGAUGGAUAAAGAAAGAGAAGGGUUCCCUUUGACCUCUUUGAGGGAAAUAAACAUUCUUCUUUCUUUUCAUCACCCAUCAAUUGUAGAUGUCAAGGAAGUAGUUGUAGGGAGCAGUUUGGACAGCAUUUUUAUGGUAAUGGAGUACAUGGAACAUGAUCUGAAGGGGUUAAUGGAGACAAUGAAACAACCGUUUAGCCAGAGUGAAGUUAAGUGCCUCAUGCUUCAGCUUUUUGAGGGUGUUAAGUAUCUGCACGAUAACUGGGUUUUGCACAGAGAUUUAAAGACAUCAAAUAUACUUCUAAAUAAUUGUGGUGAGUUGAAGAUCUGUGACUUUGGAUUAGCACGUCAAUAUGGAAGCCCUUUGAAACCAUAUACUCACUUGGUGGUUACUUUGUGGUACAGGGCGCCUGAACUGCUUCUAGGAGCUAAGCAGUACUCUACAGCGAUUGACAUGUGGUCCUUGGGUUGUAUUAUGGCCGAGCUGUUAGCGAAGCAGCCACUAUUCAAUGGGAAAACAGAAGUUGAUCAACUCGACAAGAUAUUCAAAAUCCUUGGUACACCUAAUGACACAAUCUGGCCUGGGUUUUCAAAGCUUCCUGGGGUCAGGGUUAACUUUGUCAAGCAUCAGCUUCCAGCUUUGGGUGAUUCUGGUAUAAUCAACUGCGUUCCAAAUUUCCAGCUACAUCCUUCAGAGGAUCGCCGGUACUCUCUGAUGCUGGAUUUGACUUAUUGAACAGGCUUCUGACUUACGACCCUGAGAAGGUAUGUCAUUGUAAGCGAAUAACUGCUGAGGAUGCUCUUAGCCAUCCUUGGUUUUCUGAAGUUCCUCUACCCAAGUCGAAAGAAUUUAUGCCUACUUUUCCUGCUCAGCAUGCUCAAGACAGACGUUUGCGAAGAGCCAUGAAGAGCCCAGAUCCCUUGGAAGAGCAGCGCAGGAAGGAGUUGCAACAAGGGGAACUAGGAACUAGUGGUUUGUUUGGUUAAGGGAAGUCAUUAGUGCCUUGAAGUUCAAUUUAUGCUUCAGUUCUGUUCUCGUGAUUGAUGUGGUUGAGGUGAGGAUGUAUUGAGAGGAAGUUAUUGUUAGAAGAUCAUUCGUGCUGUUUUUUAGCAGGCACCCUUGAUGAAGUAGAUGGAGAAUCAAUUCUUUGUCUAAGCUUUUGAAUCAGAUGUGGUGGGGAGCUCUGGUGUAAUGAAAAUUCCUUCUUUGACACUGCUUGCAUGCCAAGACACUGGUGUAACGCGGAGCAGGCUUUCUUAGCUUUUGAUUGACGAAGAAAUGACAGAAAGUAUUGCGCUUUGGAGUAUCAAGGCAGGCAGGUUGGGGGAGUUUACCUGUACAACCUGGCAUAUAGAUUUUCAAAUUAUUUUUCCAUUCUUCAGAUAUUCUUUUUCUCUUCUUCAAAGCUCUGUGGAGGAUAACUGGUGGAUUUAAGGUGCUAUUCUUCUUAUGAACUGAGACAGUCUUGACUUAGAGCCUGCUGACAACUUGGGGGUGCUUAGUAUUUUAAGAGUGAAGGGGCAGUAUUGAGUUAGAGCCGCUACCAACUUGGGGGUGCUAUAUUUUAGCAGUGGAAGGUAUGGAUAACGUCAUUAGCUGGGAAGAAGAGAUGAAUACUUGGAUCAUUAGAAAGUUGUAGUGCGACGCUGGUUGUCUGUCACAAGGAGCAUAUCCUGAGGUGUCAACUUCUAGUUAAUAAACUGCAUUUUUAUAUGUUAUGUGUGGUAAAAUUCCUUGUCUCAUUGUUUUUCAUAGAUGCAGCGAGGAGAGAACUUAUUAUCAUAGAUGUGCUUGCUUCUGGUUUUGGAUACUUUUGGUUCUCUUAGCUUUUGCUUCUCAAAAGUGUUUCAAGGUAAUUUUCAUAGUUGGAAAAAAGUAACUAACAGAGAUUGAAUGCAAAGGUUGAUCAGUGUAGGUUCAAUAAUGAAUGUAGUGCAGGAUAUGGGUGAGAGAGAUUCUUGAUGAAGUUGAGGGACCGUUUACCAUCGUUAGAUCACGAGGUAGCAGAGGCAUUAUCUGAAUCUAGACUCUACGCAUGGGGUUUGCGUUCCAACUGCUUGACCAUCAUUGGCCUGCAUUUGCUGUAGAAUUACAGGUGAUGGAGCGAGACCAGCACUGUCGCUUAAGCACCCUCAUCAGAGAGAGAUUGUUGCUUGAACAUGAGCAUCUUCCCUUCCAUUCAAGGAUUGUGUGCUGUCCCAUUUGUGAAUACGGUUAAUAUUAAAUCUGUCAUAAAAGAAGCGACAGUGAAUGCUUUAAGAACAAAUUGCAAAUGAUGAACGGAGCCCGUCAAAUUGCAAAUUUCCUUGUGUGAUGGGCGCCCUGCGAAGAUGCUCUUUGCAUGCCUGUAGCAGGCCCGAACAGAGAAUGGAGUGUAGCGGGAUAUAGGCGCUGCCCCAGGGAAGAUGGCCGACGACUUUGGAUCGCAAUUACGAUUUUGAUGCGCCACUUUGCCGCGGCGGGUGAUUACUGUGAAGUGAAAACUACGGUCUUUCCAAGCACGAAGAGCACGAGCGACAGUUGAAUGAAGAAAAUGGUGUUGAUCAGUCCCCUGUCAACCGUCCAUCCAAAAACCGUAAUUCCCCCGGGGUUGGACUGCAAAUAUGUCACUGUAGAAUCAAAAAAAAUUAAUGAGCGUACGUGACAAUUCAGGAUUAAGAUACCAGUUAGAAAGGCUCAAGCAAAGAACACACUCGAUGAUCAAGCCUGGUUGCACUGAAAGAAACUGUUUUACAUAUCCUACCACUUCAAAGUUCUGUGUGCGUGCGGUGGUUUGCCUGUGUUGAGGGUAUGUUGUUUGGUAGGAGAAGUCAUUCUUAGUUUUUUAAUGAACAGCAAUUGCCAAGCAAAAGCACUUAGAAUCUGUCUUUUUGCGCAUUUAUCUUGUGUUUUCAUUCUUUAAUAAAAAGAAACAGAUUGAAGAGAUGAA